GGUGUCGAUUCAACAACACUUGAGGGUGGUUUGGCCAGAGAAGAUGGAAAGGAUCAAUCGCAAAACCAUGAUGCUCAUGGGCGUCAACGAAGAUGAAAUGAUUGUGAUCUUGAAAAAGAUCGAGGAACUCAAAGGGUUUUCUGCGCAGUACGAAAUCAAAGACAUGAUUCAGUACUUGAUGUUCCUCGCGCUGUUUAUCGUCGUGACCGUGGACAUCAGCGGCCACUUUGCGCCUGACAGCCCCUACCGCGUCACGGCCAUGCUGAAUGCCCAGCUGAGGGACAAGCCCUUCCGGUACCAAGACAUCCACGUCAAGAAAACGUUCGACACGAUCAAGACCGUCCAGGAGUUGCAUCAGUACUUGACUGGGCCAUUUUACGACGUCGUGUUUGCAGGCGACUCGUUCGACGGCGACAACGAGUUUCCCCACGGGGACUUGUAUGCCGACCGAGGGUACCUUGGCGGCAACACCCGCCUCGUGGGGCCUAUUCGCAUUGGCCAAAUUCGCGUGAAAGCGGAAGUGUGUGGGGGCGCCAUGGCCGCCGUCCCAGGCCUGUUCACUGACCCCGUUCAGUGCUUCAACACGUACUCAGCCUCGACCGAGAGCACCACGACCUUUGGGUAUCACUUCAACUACACGGCGCUGUCACCGAAACCUGCCGAGCCUCGAUUUUACUCGCACAUGCACCACUGGUACGGCAGCCCCACGUUUGGGGAGAUGGUGCCGUCUACCGAAGCCGACUCGUGCGACUUUGAGACCAAAGUAGCGUGCCCUGUGUACGACCAGCUAGUGUCGUUGAAGGAACACAAGUACUUUGACAAGGCCACCCGCGCAGUGUUUAUCGACUUGAACUUGUACACGGCCAACAUUGACCACACGACCAGUGCCCGCCUUUUUGCUGAAAUGCUGCCAGGGGGCGGUGUGACGACACAAGUGGAGUUUCUAACGUACCGCCUCUACCCGUGGCACGACACGGCUGACUUUAUCCAAAGCGGCUGCGAAGGGCUCAUCUACGUCGUGGUUCUAGUUAAGCUGAGGGGCGAAGUUGCUUUGGCGCGGCGCGUGGGGCGCCGGUAUUUUUCCAUGUUUUCUAACCUCGCGAUCGUGUGCAACUACUUGUUGUUCCUGUUCGUGCUCGGGUUUCGUGCGUUGAGCUUCCUGACCCUUCCCAGCGCCCUCUCGGACUCGGCCUUUGUGGAUUUGAGAACGCCGACCAUCUACUUUGGCCUGGCGCGAUCGUGCCAGAGCUUCAACUGCUUCCUUUCGUGGCUCAAACUGUUCAAGUUCCUCUCUUUCAUCCCCAUGUUUGGCCAACUCACCAAAACUGUGACACGGUCCGCUGGCAAGGUGCUGGAGCUCGUCGUGAUCUUUGUGCUCACGCUCGUGGGUGCGGCGCUGGCAUUUUACUUGGCGUUUGGCAACUUUGCGACCAACUACCACACGUUCCAGUCCAGUUUCUACACGCUGCUGCACAUUGUCACGGGUGAAAUGUCAUUGACCGACCUCCGCCUUGCCAACCGCGUGCUCGGCCCGUUCUUUUUCAUUUCGUUUGUGUUUUUAAUGAUGUUUAUCAUCUUGAACAUUUUCAUCGUGAUCGUGUCGGAAGCGUACACGGAUACCAAGAAGGAGCUGCACUUGAUGAAAGAGAUGGCGCUGGACACCCUCUCCAAGGAAAUCGCCCACCAUUUCCUCCAUGAGUUUGUGUACCGCGUCCCCAUCUUGGGGGUGCAUGUGUUCCAACCACUGAUUGAAGGCACGUCCAAAGCGAUUGCCAAAGUGAACUUGAAUGCCACUGAAGUCACGAGGAGGCUUCGAAACAGCACUGCGUCCGUGGGCCGUAACUCUAUCGUGGGCCUUGCCGAGGCGAACGCGCCAGUAGUACCGACGACGACUCAUGAGCCUGUGGCUGCAGAGACGUCUCUUCUUGUGGCAGAGAGUUGCUCAGACGCGACCGACGUGGCGGCUCCAGUGGUUGCUAUAACAAAACCGACCUUAACGUCUCCGUUGACACUAGCGUGCUAUGACAAGCUCGUCGACAUCGAACGCCUGUUGCCAGCCUGUCUGGAGCGACUUCAGGCCGCCAACGACUUGGGGACACUCAAGGCGUGGCUGAACCACUGUCGGUCGCUCAAGGCCCAGUUGGACGAGAUCGCCACCGCCUCACACCACGUUGGUAGGUAAAAUACAACAGUAAUAAAUUUCCAUCUUUAGGACCA